AUGGAGGACGCCGAGAAUGACUACAUCUGGCGCAGUGAUCCCGAAAUCGCCCGGCUGGACGCAGCCUAUCCGCUGACCAUGAAGUACGAGCGAUACCUCAAGCUCUUCCAGGAUCAGGUCCGCUGGCCCACGCCCGGUUCGCAUCACUUCGCCAUCGAGGUUGCCGGGGGCAAGUUCAUUGGCAACUGCAUGUACUACGACCUGGACAGCCUUUCCAAGGAAGCCGAGCUGGGCAUCGUCAUCGGGGACCGGGACUACUGGAGCGGCGGCUAUGGCUACGACGCGGUGGUGACACUGCUGCACCACAUGUUCGACGACCUGCGGCUCAAGCGGGUGUACCUGCACACCCUGGAAUGGAACCACCGGGCGCAGAAGAGCUUCGAGCGAUCGGGCUUCAAUCCGGUACGAAACGUCCGUCGGAUGUCCCACGAUUUCAUCCUGAUGGAAGUUCUCCGGGACGAUUGGGACGAGACCUCGUCCGACCGCCUGGCGUUGCGCCAGCAGUAUCUGGACCAGAGGGGCGGGAUCGAGGUCGGCGACGACGACGCCGUGGCGGCCGCCGUAGUCUAG